AUGUCUUCUAGUGAUUCUGAUGCUUCUGAUACUUCUGUACGUAGCUGUAUAGUAGUUGAGGUUAGCCCAGAAGACCUUACUACUGCCUGCAAUACAGACUGUACGCCAGAGCGCUGUGACGCAGCAACAGUCCGGCCCUACGAACCUCCGGCUACUGAGCAUGGCCCUCCGGGCUCCUUCAGACCCUUUAACGUGCCAGUCCGGGCCCAAGAGGUACAGGGGCUUCCAGCAAGCCCCUUAGAUCUAUUCCUCCAAUACAUUCCGCAGAGCCUCGUAGAGCAGUGGGCCCAGUGGACGAAUGCGGCACCGUUGUCGUCUAAGGAGGGCCCUUGGCCCAGAACGUCAACAGUAUAUAAGUGGAGGAAGACUUCAGCAGAUGAGAUUAUCAACCUACUGGUCAAC